AUGCAGCGACCGUUAGCCAAUCGAGCAAAAGAACCAGUUUCUCCUUUAGGUGUCCGUGUCCCCAUGAAAGCGGGAGCGGCUGCAGGUCACCUGGUAGUAGCGGGCGCUCGCUCGUCUGGUUCCGUAUCGGCACCCUCGUUUCGUCUUCUCGCCGUCCUCCUCCUCUGCCUCGUCGGCGCGGAGCAGGCGGCCCCUGCUGCCGGUGCCGGAGAGAGGCGGGUGGACGUGGGGGUGAUCUUGGACCGGACGACAUGGCUGGGGAACAUCAGCUGGGCGUGCAUGGAGCUGGCCCUCGAGGACUUCUACGCCGACGCGAGCCACGCCAGCUACAGCACCAGGGUCAGGCUGCACCUCAGGGACACCCCGGCCGGGCCGAGGGCCGUCGACGCCGCGUCCGCAGGUGUUGAUCUACUAAAAAAUGUCCGUGUGCAAGCAAUCGUCGGGCCACAGACAUCUACUCAAGCUAAAUUUCUUGCAGAGCUUGGGAACAAGGCAUCAGUUCCAAUCAUUUCCUUUUCUGCAAAUAGCCCGUCCCGGUCAUCCAGCCAGACCCCAUACUUCAUCAGGACAGCAUGGAACGACUCCUGUCAAGCUGAAGCUAUUGCCUCACUUGUCCAGAAAUACAAUUGGAGGGAAGUCAUUCCUAUCAUCGAGGACGAUGAUUCCAACGCUAGAUUCAUCCCUGAUCUCGUUGAUGCCCUGGGACAUGUCGAUACUCGUGUUCAGUACAGGUGCAAGAUCCGUCCUUCUGCUGGAGAAGAUGAGAUAAAGCGUGCUAUAUCAAGCUUAAAAGAAAAUUGGACAAGCGUCUUUGUUGUGCGCAUGUCAUAUCAGUUAGCCCUUAAGUUUUUCCAGCUUGCUAAGGAUGAGGGAAUGAUGGGCCAGGGCUUUGUCUGGAUUACAGCAUAUGGUUUGACUGAUAUCUUCAAUGUGGUUGGUUAUCCUGCACUUGGUGUGAUGGAAGGUGUUGUUGGGAUCGAGCCUUAUGUUCAAGAAACUGCGAAACUAAACAAAUUUAGACAAAGAUGGCAUGAGAAAUAUAGGUCGGAAAAUCCUGGUACAUCAAUUAAUGAGCCUAUAACGUCUGGUCUAUAUGCAUAUGAUACAGUAUGGGCAAUAGCAUUAGCAGCAGAGAAGGCCGGAUAUGUUAAUUCAGACUUUGUUCUGUCUGAAACAAACAAUGGCUCCACUGAUUUCGACAAACUGAGUACUUCUAGGGCUGCUGAAAAUUUUUGCAAUGUAUUCUUGAAGGUUAAUUUCACAGGCAUUAGUGGGCAAUUUGUCAUUCAGGAUAUGCACUGGUCGGGAGAGGAGAGCAGUUGGUUUUGGACUCCAGGAUUGAACAUAUCCAGAAUUCCUAUCGUAUGGCCAGGAGGCAGUGAGAAGACACCUAGAGGAUGGCUUUUGCCAGUGAAUAAAGAACUCAAAAUAGGAGUACCUGUGAAACCUGGGUUUAGGAGAUUUAUAAGAUCUGAAAAUGGUAUCCCCAAGGGGUUCUGCAUUGAUGUAUUUGAGGAAGUCAUUGGUAAACUGCCCUACAAAGUUCCCAAGCAUUAUGUGGAGUUUGGAAAUGGAAAAGGAGAAAGUAAUGGAACUUAUGAUGAACUCGUCUACAAAGUUUAUCUUAAGGAAUUUGAUGCGGUAGUAGGUGACAUAACAAUUUUGGCCAACCGUUCUCUAUAUGUGGACUACACUCUUCCUUAUACUGAGUCAGGGGUACGCAUGCUGGUUCCAGUUCGGGACCGGAGACAGAAGACUGCAUGGACAUUCCUAGAACCAUUGACAGCUGAUCUAUGGUUAGGAGCUGGAACCUUCGUUGUCUUCACAGGUUUUAUAGUUUGGUUUAUCGAGCACAGAACGAAUCAGGAAUUCAGAGGACCGCCAGCCAGUCAAAUUGGAUCAGUCUUCUACUUCUCCUUCUCAACACUUGUAUUUGCUCAUAGGGAGAGGAUUGUGAACAAUUUAUCAAGAAUUGCAGUAGUUGUUUGGCUUUUUGUGGUGCUAAUAUUGCAGCAGAGUUAUACUGCAAGCUUAAGCUCAAUUCUCACGGUAGAACAGCUUCAACCAACAGUCACCAAUAUAGAUGAAGUUAUCAGACGAGGGGAUUAUGUUGGCUACCUCAAUGAUUCUUUCAUGCCUGAGCUUUUGAAAAGGUUGAAAAUUAAUGAAACAAAAAUGAUCGCCUUCAGCUCUCCUGAGGAGUACAAUGACGCCCUAUCAACUAGAAAAGUUGCCGUCAUUGUUGAUGAAAUACCGUACCUCAAAGUGUUUCUCUCAAAGUAUUGCCACAAGUACACUAUGGUUGGGCCAACUUACAAAUUCGAUGGAUUUGGUUAUGGUGUUCCCUCGAGGAGUCGAGGCUCUCCACUUACACCUGAAAUUUCAAGGGGAAUACUGGAACUAGCAUCAAAUGGCACAAUGGAUGAACUGGAGAAACAGUUGUAUGGUGAUACAUCGUACCCAGACAAAGAUGACUCCCAAACUUCAAGCAGCCUUACGUUGCAUAGCUUUCUUGGGUUGUUCAUCAUCACUGGGACAACUUCAUUACUGGCACUGAUUUUGCAUGUCACUAUAACCCUUUAUGAUCAUCGGAGUCAUUGGAUCAAUGGCAGCGGUCAGAUAUCAUGGCAUGAAUUGCUUGCUAUUCUCUUCAAGAUUUUUCAUGAGCGUGAUAAUAGCUCUAAUACUCCGGAUGAAGAGGAGCCUGGAAUGGAAGAUAUAGAUCCUCCUACAGCUGAGAGUCCAUGGAGCAUGUCUAAUCACAUCAUCGAGAAUGUUGAUUCAGACACUGAUACGGGAAGCACACCAGAAGGAGAAGGAACUCCGGGCAGGGAAGUUUCAAAUCAGGAUCCUGGUCCACCAUCAUUUGCAUACAUGCAUUCUGAGGGGGCAAUGGAGUAA